AUUCAUCAGCUCCGAGUUUCUUCAGCGAGAUCGCGGGCAGCUGGAAGACAGGCUGAAUCUCACACAACAUGCUUGAAACAUUUUUCCGUGUGAGAAAGAUAUGGUACAUGGUCAUUGCCGUUAUUGGUGUUCCCGUGAAUUUAGUGGCGAUUGCAAUCCUGUCCCGGGGAAAGUGCGGACUCUCCACCUGUACCACUCGCUACCUGGUAGCCAUGGCGACGGCGGAUCUACUAACUAUCAUAUUUGCGGUCAUAUUUUGGCGAGUCAGUUAUUAUUACUUCCCCGGAACUUUCCUGGACAUCACUCCCGUGUGUACUAUGAUCUCUGUUCUGGGAGAGGCAGCCACAGAUUGUUCUGUCUGGUUCACCGUCAGCUUUACAUUUGAUCGCUUUGUAGCCAUCUGUUGGCAGAAGCAGAAAACAAAAUAUUGCACCGGGAAAACUGCGGCUGUGGUUCUGACAACAACCGGUGUUCUGCUCUGUUUUGAAAAUGUGCCCUACUUAUUUAAGUAUCGUCCUGUGAAAGUGAUUGUCAAUAUCCCCUGGGACUGUAUUCCAAAGCCCGGGUCCUUUACGGAUCCUGGAUGGGUGGGCUACAGAUGGCUUUCUAAACUUCUAACACCAUUACUCCCGUUCGUGUUAAUACUACUGCUCAAUGCUCUGACAGUCAGACACAUUUUGGUGACUAGUCGCGUCCGUAAGGGGCUGAGGGGUCAGAGCAAGGCGGAGAACCGCAGUGACCCGGAGAUGGAGAGCAGGAGGAGGUCUGUGAUCUUACUUCUCACCAUCUCCGGGAGCUUCAUCAUCUUGUGGUCGGUAAAUGUUGUCGAAUUCCUUUAUUAUAUCAUUGCCGGGUUGGAUCAGAAUAAUUACAACGAUUCGGAAUACAUAUUUCAACACACCGGAUACAUGCUGAUGAUAUUAAGUUGCUGCACAAACACGUUUAUUUAUGGGGUAACUCAGUCCAAGAAAUUGCUUCAGGUUGGAAGGGAAUGUGGGAAGCGGAUCACCGGCGGGAUUCAGAGGAGAACGGUAGACAUCGCUU